AUGCUGCCGCACGCCAAUCUUGGAUGCCAUUGCGGCAGCCUCGUUCAUCUCGGAUGCUUCCUGGACUGGAUGACUCAUGGCUCGAUGAAGUGCCCCUCUGGGUGCGGGAUGGACUCGGCGGUAGCAUCCGAGCUGCUCAAUGCACUGGCACAGGGCGGGUUUGAGUAUCCCACAGCCAAGAAUUUGACCUGGAGAGAGUGCGCCGAGCGGCUGGCCGAGCAGCGAAGACCCCGAAUCGAACCAGUUCUGUUCUCGCUUGCGCUGAGGUCCUCUCAACCAUCCAGCGAGGUCGACCAGCAUGCCAGCACGUCCCAGCAAGCGCAGCCGUCCGUCUCGAAUAUGCCAUCCAAUCCGGACACAUCUGCGCAAAAUGACGAGGCAGGGGGCUCUAGACACUGCAUCCUUCCGUCGGCGCUCGCCCGCAAGCGAGGGAACCCGCUUCCGAGCCCUCCUUCGAGUGCCGGCAAGCGACAGGGCCGACUCCCGAUCCUCAGAAACCUGUCGCCGUCCGAGUUUAAGCGACUCUUGCAACAGCAGCAGCAGCAGCAAGUGCACUCAGGCAACGAAAACAGCGAGAGGCUCGAGCUUCUGCUGCAGCGAAACUUGGUCCAUCUAGAACUUGGUUCAUCUCGAACUUGGUUCAUCUUGAAUACCAUCGCUCGAACUUGGUUCAUCUUGAACACCAUUGCUCGAACACCAUCGCUCAAACACCAGCUCGGCUACAUCCGCACGCACCUUGGAUCGCCGACACUCCAUCGCCCCGAACACAGCGACCACCCAUCCACAAUGCGAGUCGUCCGCAAGCCCACCACCACUUUCCAGCCACCCAAGAUCACUGCAAAGCACUAUCUCAUCACCGCGGUGGCAUCCUUCUUCAUCGGCGUCUACGUCUGGCAUCCGUACAUUGAAAAGUGGGCCAUGGCCGACCCCGAGAUGCGCAAGAAGAUCCCAGGCUACCAGCAGGAGCAGCAGGAGCAGCAGGAGCAGCAGCAGUCUGCGAGUUCGCCCCCAGCUUGA